CUCUUACCUCACAGAGGUAGCUCCUCCGCCGGCAGCAACUCGGCGCCCGCGGUCCAUGGACCGGAACCCCGGGCCGACGGGCAGGAACCCGGGCCGCUUUCGCCGCCUCCCCUCCCCAGACUCCUCCUCCUCGCUCUCCACCGCCUCCUCCGGACGCCCGCAGGACGCGCACCGCCGCCUCCGGGCUCGCGGAGCCACCCCAGGAGGCUGGGCGGCGGGUUCGCGGCUGUCGGAGUACUGAGGCCUACUCCGCCGACUCUCAGUGCUAUUGUCCCUGGGCCGGGCCCUGACCAGGUCCACUGGGGAGGGCCGAGUGCGCCGGCUCCGCGGAAGAUGCCGGACCAAGCCCUACAGCAGAUGCUGGACAGAAGUUGCUGGGUGUGUUUUGCCACUGAUGAAGACGAUAGAACAGCUGAAUGGGUGAGACCAUGCAGGUGCAGAGGAUCUACAAAAUGGGUUCACCAGGCUUGUCUGCAGCGCUGGGUAGAUGAAAAACAAAGAGGAAACAGUACAGCCAGAGUGGCAUGUCCUCAGUGCAAUGCUGAAUACUUAAUAGUUUUUCCAAAGUUGGGUCCAGUUGUUUACGUCUUGGAUCUUGCGGAUAGACUGAUCUCAAAAGCUUGUCCAUUUGCUGCAGCAGGAAUAAUGGUUGGCUCUAUCUAUUGGACAGCUGUGACUUAUGGAGCAGUGACAGUGAUGCAGGUUGUAGGCCAUAAAGAAGGUCUGGAUGUUAUGGAGAGAGCUGAUCCUUUGUUCCUUUUAAUUGGACUUCCUACUAUUCCUGUCAUGCUGAUAUUAGGCAAGAUGAUACGCUGGGAAGACUACGUGCUUAGACUAUGGCGGAAAUACUCAAAUAAACUACAAAUUUUGAACAGUAUAUUUCCAGGCAUUGGUUGUCCUGUUCCUCGAAUUCCAGCUGAGGCUAAUCCUUUAGCAGAUCAUGUCUCUGCCACCCGAAUUUUGUGUGGAGCCCUUGUCUUUCCUACUAUUGCGACAAUAGUUGGUAAACUGAUGUUCAGUAGUGUUAACUCUAAUUUACAAAGGACAAUCUUGGGUGGAAUUGCUUUUGUUGCCAUAAAAGGAGCAUUCAAGGUUUACUUCAAACAACAGCAAUAUUUACGUCAGGCACAUCGCAAAAUUCUAAAUUAUCCAGAGCAAGAAGAAGCAUAAAACUGUGACUUCUAGUUGUUCUGCAGUCCUCUCAUCCUUAUGAGUCUGUUGUGUUGUUCUGAUUCCAUCAUUAAUGCACAGUAGUGGAGACUUAUGAUAAGCUGCUGCUCAUAUUUUUAAGAAAUAUAAUAAAGCACUUAGGGCAGGGGAAAUCCUCUCAGUAAUCACGGAACCUGAAGUUGUGAUUUGUUUUCAUUGUUUUGUAUGUAAUUCUUUUAUGGCAGUCAUCUGAACCAUUAUCUUAGCAUGGUAAACCAGGAUUUUGUUCAUAUUUUCUCCAAAUAGAAAUGUAAAGAUCAAACUGUGCAAAUAUUUAAAAAUGCACAUGCUGUUUAAUUCAAAUGCCUCUUUUGUACAUGUUCAUGUUCAGUGUUUUCUUAGAAUCAGCAACUCAAUGAAGGUACUAUGAGGAUUUUUUUUCACUGACAUAAUUUGAUUACAUGCUAAAUAGGAGUAUAUGUUAAUAUGAGGAAAUGUAAAUUAGUUAUAAAAAAAUAACAAACCAAAAAUGUAUGUAAACAUUCAAAUGAUUAUCUGAACAAAUGAGAUUUUGUUGUGUUUUUCUUAACCCAUGUGACAUCCUCAAAUGUGUAGGGUAAAAAUUCACAGGGCUUCCAAAUCACUUUUUCACUAUUAAAUUUUAUUUAUAUAAUAUUGACAUCUCAUAGUUCAUAAUGUAAUUUUGACUCAUGCAGUCAUAAUUACUGUGUGUGUGUGUGUGUGUGUGUGUGUGUGUGCGCGCGAGAGAGAGAGAGAGAGAGGGAGAGAGGCAUAAGGACCUUCAAUCACUGGAGUAAGGUUUUUAAAUCCGUAUUUCUAGAAAUUAGAGCUGCCAGUUUCUAGUAGUUUGAGCACAGAACGACUUGCAAAAAAAAUCAAUAAAGUUAUUUUACUCUUCUCUUUCAUUGAUUCAGUUAUUCAGGUGUUUGUUGAUCACCUAUUUGCCCAGGCAUUAUACAAAGUGCUGUGGGACACAGUGGUGAACAUGACAGACUUGGUUCCUGCUUUUAUGCAGUUUACUGUCUAGUUUCAGCAGAUUGAAAACCAGCAGUGAGUAAACCAAGGUGAGGCCUUGAGCUCUUUGUUUUUAUACCAGUCAGUGAGGAGAUAAUUAUGAAAAUAAGUCUUGAGUAAAUAUUGAGGUUUUUGGCUUAAGUCAAGCUAUUAUUAAAACCAGUACUAAUGUUUUUAGAUUUUAAUUGCUUGUCAUAUCAAGGCUAGCACCUUAAUCACUGUAUAACUAGUUUUAUGUUCAUUUUUAAAAAGCAAUUAUUUAUUUUAAGCCAUUUUUAAUAGUGGCCCUUUUAAUGUUGUUUGGCAGUCUGAAUGGUCUCACAGUUAUUUUCAUUAAUUAAAAUUAAAUUUUUAAAAGAUAGUUCCAAAAACCUUAUUUAUUUUCUUGUUCACAGUAUCUAAUGCAUGACAACAAUAAAUAUUUCCCUUACUGAUAAGUGGCCAUUUCUCUUUAGGAAUGUAGCAAAUAUAGAUUGAGCUAUGUUAGAUUGCAAUAAUGUAUGUUAACUUUAGUAAUUUAAGACUGGUACCUUUCUAUAGUAUGAAUGUCUUAAUUCUGUUAUAAAGUUUAAUGUGAAUGGCUGUUGAACAUUCAGAGUUGUAAUUAUUUUGGGAGGAAGGGAAUAUUUGACUGACAGUGAGCCUUAUUAAGAACACUGCUACAGUUCUGAAGGGGAAAUAUAAAAUCUAUGAUUAUAUAUAAAAAUAACUUAGAUUAUAUAGCUGUAAUUAUAAAAUAUAUUGGCUUUUCUUUAAUUUUCAAUAUAAAAGGCAUAGUAGAUAUUUCUGCAUAAUUUUGUUAUAUGGAACAGCUUUUAGGCAACCUUUAAUAAAAUUAUACAAGCACACCGUUCCCCAGUUACUACUUUGAUGCCCAAGAUGGGGGGAGUGAGUAGCUGCUUGCGUCUGUUGGUAUCAGGGCUCAUGAAGCCAGGAAAACAACUCUAAUCCUUUGGGGGCAGCAGUGAGGAGUUUUUAGGGAUGUGGGGAGGGAAUUGCAAGUGCCUGGAAACCAGAUUGUCCUCUAGCCCUGGAACUGAACACUUUUAAGUCUAAAAAACCUUAGCUCCGAAAGUACCUUGUACCAGUCUUCAGAAUGGUACCUGUACCACCAUGAACAACAAAAGAGCAUGGGCUGACCAAAGUUGAUGGACCUGGGUUCCAAUCCUAAUUCUGCUUUUAAUAACCAGAUGUAUGACCUGACUGAGUGGUUUUCUCUCAGCUACAGUGUUUGUCAUCUCUGAAAUGCAAGUAAUACUUCUAUCUCAGAAGACCAUUUCUAGGAUUAACCAAGAAAUUAAAGGAACAAAGGCACUUUAGGCUCAAGACAGCCCUUACAGAGCAGUAGCUGUUUCUUAAUUGUUAAAUAGUCUGUUUGUGCUCUAGGGAAAGGGAAUGAAGAGGUAAGAGAAUGGUGUUAUGGGACAGAUUAAAGGGAUGUUGUAGACUUUUGGGAUGGGUUGGGUAUAUUCUGUGUUUUCCAGUUUAUUUUCACAUUGCUUUAUUGUGUUAUUUCAAUAAACUUUAAUGUUUUAAACCUCUUUUAUAAAAUUCAGUGACAACGAGUAAAAUUCUCUCCGUUGCAGAAGUUUAACUUAUCUCCAAAGUGGCUGAAAAUAUUGUUCAUCAUUACAUGAUUAUCAAGUGACUGUGAAGAAUAUAAAAUUAAACUUAGUGACUUAAUUAGUCACUGCCUUGCUAACUGUGCUGUAAUUUUUUUAAAUGUCUUGUUUUUUAACAUAGCAGACUAUCUCAGUACUGGCUGGAUUAGGUUAAAUAAAGAAUUUUUAUGUCCUCUAGGUGUACUUUGUCUGUUGAACAACUCCCAAAACAUAAUUUGUUCGUUUUUUAAAAUCCUAGUUAUUGGGAUCCUAGAUGUAUCUGAAAUUUAAAAAAAAAAAAAA